AUGUGUUGUUACACUGCAGGAGCCUCGCUGCCGGUUCGCCGUGUUGCACACAUUGGGCCCGCCAGGAGGCUGGGCGUCGCUAUAGGCCGGAUCUACGGCGGCCACGACGCCGCGAGGGGUGAAUUUCCGUAUCUGGUAUCGCUGAAGAUAGGAGGACUGUUCGUCAAGAGGCACAACUGUGGAGGCUCCAUCAUAACCAGCACAUCCGUGCUCACAGCAGCCCACUGUGUCAGCAAUCUCGGCAGUUACGUUGCAGUGGAUGGAGAACUCGACUUGAGCACUGACGAAGGCACGGAGCAGGAGGCAAGGGUUUCGCAAAUGAUCCCGCACCCCGACUACCCAAGUGGUAAUAACGUGAACCCCAACGACAUCGCCGUCUUCAGACUGAGGACUGCCUUCACGUUCAACUCUUACGUGCAGCCCAUUAGCCUGCCCAACGGCGGAGUCAUCCCCACAGCUGGAUCAUCGGCUGUUGCGUCAGGCUGGGGAGUUACAGAGGAUAGCAGCCAACCAGAUAUCCUGCAGACUGUUGAUGUCGUCGUUAUCGAUGAAGCGACUUGUCGGCAGCUGGUGGACAACUUCGUUUCCGAAAACCCGCUGACUGACACCAUGAUCUGCACAGGACCAGUCACAGGAGGAAUUAGUCUCUGCAACGGUGACUCUGGCGGUCCACUUGCGCAAAACGGCACGCUGAUUGGUGUGGCGUCGUGGGUCAUCACCCCGUGUGGCAGGGAGGGAGGCCCCACCAUGCACACCAGGGUGUCUGCUUUCCUCGACUUUGUUAAUGAAAAUAUUUAA